AGCUGGCCGGACUAAAGGAUCUGUUCGGUUGGGUGUAAAAUUUUUUUAAGGAAGAAUAUUUUUCUGCGAUUGACGUUUUAAAUGAACACUUUCCUGACAAUGCGUCCCUCUUGAAUUCCCAUUUAAUGCUACCUUGCAAUCGUAAAGCCAUGCUCUGCAGUUUAGAAAGUAUAUUCCAUGUCAUUUGCAUUAUACCAUAGCUCUCUAUCCAUAUGUAUUAGUGCAAGGUAAGUGCAACUCGACCUUUAUAGUCCACACUUCGAGAAGCUACUGAAAAGGGAGAUGGACAUUAAAAAUAAAUAAUGUCUUCGGAAAUGAUAAGGUUACAUUUAUCAUCACCAAGUCUAACAGGUGUAGAGCGAUUGAAGCUUUGAGUAACUUAAAAAUAAUAAUAACAACAAUAAUAAUAAGCACAUCAACCUUCAUUGUUCUAUAGAUUUCUUAAUUGGUAUAAUCUAGGAGCAUCAAGAUCAAGAGGUGAGGAAUCAGACAGCAACGAAGCGCAUUUUCCACCAAAUCCUUGCAAGAAUUAUUCCUGCAUUGGGUUCACAUAUAUGUCCAAAGAUAUUUCCUAUCUGAUAUAUUUGUCAACUUCUAGUUACUGCCAAAUUUCACGCCUAAAGUCAGAUGUCUUACCAAAAGGAAUCUGUUAGCGGCCGCCCGUCCUUCCCAGCUAUAAUUUUUUAUGUCCUAACAAAUCAGAAUUCAGAAGCAAGAAUCGUUGAACUGUAAACCAGAAGAAGAUCUGCUUUGUACAUUUCUAUGAUCUACUGAACUGUUCAUUCUUGACUCUUGCCUUGCACGUAUAAUCUCUCCUUUCCUUUUGUCUGAUUCCUUGUCUUUCCUUAUAAUAUAUGCCAUACACUGAGCAGGUUUGUUGCUUGGAGUAGUUCAGUUGAUUACAGACCAUGAUUACCAUGUUCCAGUACCCUCAUAAACUAAGCACUUUCUUGAAUAAUGUUGGAGACUUUCUUGGAUAUCCAACACUAGUCUUCAUGUUUAUAGCAACAUGGCUCGCCUGGAUACUUUUCAACAUAGCAAGGGGUCAAAAACCACUGCCACCAGGUCCAUGGGGUUUGCCUGUGGUAGGAAACCUUCCAUUUCUUGAUCCUGAACUCCACUCAUACUUUUCUAACCUGGCUAAAACCUAUGGUCCUAUCUUCAAACUCAGGCUUGGUGGGAAGGUCAGUGUUGUGAUUGCUUCACCAGGCAUGGCACGCGAGGUGCUCAAAGACCAGGAUGUAACCUUUGCCAACCGGGAUGUCCCUGUGGUAGUGACAGCAAUGGAAUAUGGUGGCCGGGACAUAGUUUUUACGCCAUAUGGCGCUGAGUGGAGAAUGCUGAGAAAGGUUUGUGUUCGCGACAUGCUUGGCCAUGCCAAUCUUGAUGCUGUCUAUUCUUACCGAAGACAAGAAAUCCAUAACACUAUAAAGUACCUUUAUAGUCGAAAGGACUCUCCUGUUAACGUGGGUGAAGUGAUGUUCUUGAACGUUCUCAACGUAAUUACAAAUAUGCUAUGGGGCGGUACUAUUCAGGGAAAAGAAAGGACUAACAUUGGAGCCGAAUUCAUGCAAGUGGUUGCAGAGGUUACUAAGCUUCUAGGGAAGCCUAAUGUAUCAGAUUUCUUUCCAUGGUUGGCCUGGUUGGAUUUGCAGGGUGCAAAGAAACAGAUGAAAGUAGUCACCUCCAAACUUGAGAACAUAUUUGACAAGAUAAUUGACCAGCGAACACGGAUUGAUGGACAGAAAGGGAUUGGUAGCAGCAAUGGUAACACAGAGAGCAAAGACUUUUUGCAGGUUUUAUUGCGGCUGAAAGAUGCUGGUGAUGCCAAAACACCUCUAACCAUGGACCAUGUCAAGGCAUUACUCAUGGAUAUGGUAGUUGGGGGGACCGAAACAGCCUCGAGUACGGUUGAGUUUGCCAUGGCAGAGAUGAUGAAUAAACCUGAAAUCAUGAAGAAAGUACAGACAGAAUUGGAGAAUGUAGUUGGAAAAAAUGCAAUAGUAGAAGAAUUUCACAUUCAGAAACUGCCUUACCUCUAUGCAGUGAUGAAAGAAGUCCUGCGCCUGCACCCGGUUCUUCCCCUUAUGGUGAAUCACAGCCCCAGUGUAUCAAGUGUUGUUGCCAAUUACAGAAUUCCAAAGGGUGCUCAGGUUUUUGUUAACGUGUGGGCAAUUCAUAGGGAUCCCUCCAUUUGGCAGAGUCCACUGGAGUUUCUACCAGAAAGAUUCUUGAAUGGCAAGGGAGAUUAUAGUGGAAAUGAUUUUAACUAUUUACCAUUUGGCUCCGGCAGAAGAAUCUGCGCAGGAAUGGCAAUGGCAGAGAAGAUGGUUUUGUUCUCCCUUGCUUCACUUCUGCAUUCCUUCAACUGGACAUUGCCUGCAGGAGAGAAACUUGAAAUUUCUGAAAAGUUCGGAAUAGUUUUGAAGAAGAAGACACCCUUGAUCGCCAUUCCUACGCCACGGUUGACUGAUCCAGCGUGUUAUGAGUAGACACAGAAGCAUAGGAUGGUGCAUUUGUUUGUGUAUCAACAACCAUAGCUGAGAGUACAAAUUGUGGAAUUUCUCCAAGAAGCAAUUUGAUAUGUUCUAAAUUUGACAAUUAAAAUUCCAACAAUUUCAAGGCACAGUUGCAUCUCAUUCAAUCGUAUCUCUGCUUUUGUAGAGACUCCCAUCCAA